UUUUUCACUAGGACGUGCACCAUGGUAAGCCAAGGGUUAAAAAGGCAAAGGGAUGCUUUUUAAAAGAGGUCAGGUGCGUCGCAGCGGAAUUGAAAUAAAAGAAAUCGGAUGAGAAUGGAUCAAAAUGUUCAAAUUGUAGUUCUUACCCUGUGAAAUUACAUAUAAAUUGAUGAGCGGAUGAGUUGGUGUGCAAAAAUUAGAGGUAGCGCGUGCGACUGUGAGUGCCUUUUCGGCUUUUUUUCUGACGAUGACGCGCCUAGAGAGGGAAGCUGCUUGGGUACCGCACACCAGCGCACAGCCUGUUCGCCAUUGGGGCGUAUAUUAAAGCGGGCGGCGACGAAAAUAUUAUUUAAACUCUUCGCUGAGAGCAAAAGAGGAACGGAGGAGCAUCAGUCGCAAGCGAGACAGCGAGUGCAAAUUCAGGAGGAAAAUCGGAUGAGCUGCACCUUUUCUCAGCACUCUCGGCACUUUUUCAGCCUCUUCAACAUGGCGGAAUACAAGUCACGAAAGAAGAGGUCGAUGCCGACACCGAUCGUGCUCUUCAUUGCAAUAUGCGUCUUGAUCCAUAUUCCAAGCACGAAAGGAAUCACCCAAAUUUCCCCCAGCAUUGAAUUUCAAGAUCAUUCAGACGACCACUGGAUAUUGGAGUUUGGCUCUAAUUCAAAAGAAAUUAAAUACGACUUCUGCAAGUACAACGCAACAAGUAAAGGCGCACUGUGCAAAAAUUACCUACAAGCAUCUGUUGAUUUUGAAAAAGUGUGUAAUUGCACCAUUCAGCAUGAUGAAACCAACGAAGGCUCGUUUUUCGAUCUCAACUGCAAAAGUGAUUUAAGCUACUGCCCUAAGGAACUGACACUCACCUACAGGCAGGGCUCCAAUGCGACGGCUCCACCGCAGGUGCCAAGCCGCCGCGGCAUAGGGGAUGAUAACAAUGCAUCCCCCGGGAAUCCACCGGUACAGGGAACUGGGGCAGAUCUGGAUGUCGCAACGAGUGGACUAAACGGCUGGCUGCUGGCUUUUCUAAUUUCCACCGCAUUCAACGUUCUGUUCGUCAUCACGAUCAUAGCGUGCCUAAUCAAUGAAAACUUCUAUGACUUUUUGAAAGAAAAGUUGAACAGGACAAUAAAUAGAGAGCAUGAGACUGAUAUUGAUUCACCCGAGAGUGGCUUGUCGAACACAUCACUAAAGCUGAAUUGGAGAAAAACGCUGGACCAAAUUUAAAGCAACACCGCUUGUUCAAGUAAACGCUCGAGAUAGUCGCCAGAUGGACCGCAUUGCAUGACGCCGCCACAAUGAAAAAAUUAUAAAUUAAUGGAAUUUUCGUCUUGUCUGCGUUUUAAUAAUUAACGUGCUAGAAAAAAAGCCUUUUGAUAUUUUUACCCUUAAUCACUAACUAUAAAAUGUUCACUUUGAUUUUAAAUAAACCACAUUAUUAUUCCCAAUUUUAAACUUAAAA